UGCUAUCAUGGUAAAUUGCAGCACGAGCUCUCAGGAGGAGAUGAUAUGGGGCUGAGCUAGGUAUGAGAGCGUCUCAGUCAUUGAGCCCAGCAGCUGCCUGUGGGGGUCUUUCCCCCUAAUAAGCUGAUUUACUUGUUUUCGCUGUGACCUCAUCCCCAGGCAGCGCGCUGUCCCACCUCCACUCUUAGCAGCAGCAGUGGCAGUCGCCGCUUAGCAUGGGUUGGAGGUGCAAGCAGCAUGCUUCGCACACUGACAGACCUGCCACAAUCUGCUGCUCUGAUGCAAGAGGCAAAGAGGAGCUGAAUUAAUCCGGGAGCCGCCGGAAUCGUCUGCAGGUUCGUCCACAUCGCACGUCGCACAAUGUCUGUGUCUGGGAAGAAGGACUUUGAUGUCAAGCAGAUCCUCAGGCUGCGCUGGAGAUGGUUCAGCCACCCGUCUCAGGGUUCUCCGGGCUCCGGAGGAUGCAUCCAGCAGGAAGGAUAUGAGCACAGAGGGACCCCCGUCCACAAUAGGCUGAAGAGCCACUCGCGGGACAGGAAUGGACUGAAGAAAAGCAACAGCCCCGUCCACAACAUCCUGACCCCCGUGCCAGGACCAACCCCUGUCCAUCAGCACCGAGCCAUCCCGUCCUGGCACCAGCAGAACAUUAUAGAGCACUUACAGGCCAGCGAAGAGACCCCCAAAGCCAGCACAGAGGAGAAGGUGGACAAAGAAGAGGAGACGGGGGCACAGGAGGCACCAACGGCCCCCCAGGAGCUGCCGGAGGCUGACCCUGACAGGCUCCCGGUCUCCAGCCCCUCCCCCAGUAGAAUGACCACCGGCUCUUCCGAUGAGUAUUUCCAGAGCUUGAACCAUGCCGAGCAAACUUUCCGCAAGAUGGAGAAUUAUCUGCAGCAGAAGCAGCUGUGCGACGUCUUGCUGAUCGCCGGCAAUUAUAAAAUACCAGCACACAGGUUGGUACUGAGCGCCGUCUCCGACUACUUUGCCGCAAUGUUUACAAAUGAUGUCCGUGAAGCUAAAGAGGAGGAGAUCAAAAUGGAAGGCGUGGACCCGGAUGCCCUUAAAGCCCUCGUGCACUACGCGUAUACAGGUAUUUUAGAACUCAAGGAGGACACUAUAGAGAGUUUGUUGGCGGCCGCUUGUCUGCUGCAGCUUUCCCAAGUCAUAGAAGUCUGCUGCAACUUUCUAAUGAAGCAGCUCCAUCCGUCCAAUUGUCUGGGGAUACGAUCGUUCGGGGAUGCACAGGGAUGUUUGGAGCUCCUGAGGGUGGCACACAGCUACACUAUGGAACAUUUCAUAGAAGUGAUACGCAAUCAGGAAUUUCUCCUCCUGCCAGGGAACGAGAUCGCCAAGCUGUUAUCCAGCGACGACAUUAACGUCCCCGACGAAGAAACCAUUUUCGAGGCUCUAAUGCAAUGGGUCAAAUACGACAUUGAAACGCGGCAGAAGGACCUGGGGAUGCUCCUGUCUUACAUAAGGUUACCGCUGCUUCCUCCGCAG